GCAAUUCACACCAAUCAGAGUGGCGGAGACACUAACAAAAGGAGUCUACUUUGAUGGUUUUGCGACAGAGACACUAUGAAGCAGCAAAACUCAGAGCUCAGAGUUCAGACUUCAGAGUCAGUGUUCCGGUCAGAGUCAGAUUCAGGUCUGCAGACUCGGGAGUGGCGUCCUGCAUCGGCUUCGUGGAGCGUGGCGGGGCGCAGCUGACGGUGUGCAGUGCCAGAAGCAUCAAGGGGGCUGUGGCAGGGCAUGGCUGCCGUCUCUUUGUAGAUAAAGAACGUCUGCAUCGCCUCAUUGGCCUUCUGAAGGAGGAGAGACAUGGCGAUCCUCAAGAGAGCUGUUGCAGCAGCUCUGCGGGCUGGAUCUCAAAGGCAGGGUCAGAGUGCCAAGCAAGUGGCAAAGAGGGGCUUCUCAACUGCAGCUAGGGGCUCCACACUGCGUGCAGGAUCGACCGCUCUCCGGACAUUUGACAACACUGUGUCACUGAAGGAAUGCAGCAAGUCGCUUGUGGCAUCUAGAGGUUUUGCUGCCGAGGCCGCUGUCGCUGAUCCUGAGCCGACAGAUGAGUUCACAGGAGCUGGAGCCGUCGGAGGUGUGACUCAAGUCAUUGGAGCCGUUGUCGAUGUUAAGUUUGACAAGGGUCUCCCGCCUAUCCUCACUGCCCUGGAGGUUCAAGACCAUCCUGUACGGUUGGUGCUCGAGGUUGCUGCUCAUUUAGGAGAGAACACUGUCCGCACCAUUGCCAUGGAUGGGACGGAUGGUCUUGUGAGGGGGCAGAAGGUGCUCAACACCGGGUCGCCAAUCAGGAUCCCCGUGGGUCGUGCGACCUUGGGUCGCAUCAUCAAUGUCAUCGGCGAGCCAAUCGAUGAGCAAGGCCCGAUCAAGACGCCAGACACCCUGCCAAUUCACAGAGAGGCUCCAUCCUUUGCUGAACAGAGCACAGAGCAGGAGGUGUUGGUCACGGGCAUCAAGGUGGUGGAUCUGCUCGCACCUUACCAAAGAGGAGGCAAGAUUGGACUUUUUGGGGGAGCAGGUGUCGGCAAGACCGUGCUCAUCAUGGAACUGAUCAACAAUGUGGCCAAGGCUCACGGUGGUUUCUCUGUCUUUGCUGGUGUGGGAGAGAGGACACGCGAGGGCAACGAUCUCUACAAGGAGAUGAUCGAGUCUGGUGUCAUCAAGACGGGGGACAAGCAGGCCGAGAGCAAGUGCGCGCUUGUGUACGGCCAGAUGAAUGAGCCCCCAGGUGCUCGCGCCCGCGUGGGUCUGACUGGUCUCACUGUGGCGGAGCACUUCAGAGAUGCGGAGGGUCAGGAUGUGCUGUUCUUCGUGGACAACAUCUUCCGCUUCACCCAGGCCAACUCUGAGGUGUCUGCUCUCCUCGGCCGUAUCCCGUCUGCUGUCGGGUACCAGCCCACCCUGGCCACCGAUCUGGGAGGUCUGCAGGAGCGCAUCACCACCACCAAGAAGGGCUCCAUCACCUCAGUCCAGGCCAUCUACGUGCCUGCUGAUGACCUGACGGAUCCUGCCCCUGCCACCACCUUCGCCCAUCUUGACGCCACGACUGUGCUGUCCCGUGCGAUUUCCGAGCUGGGUAUCUACCCCGCGGUGGACCCCCUCGACUCCACCUCCCGCAUGCUCUCCCCCACCAUCAUUGGGCAGGACCACUACGACGUGGCGCGUGGCGUCCAGAAGGUGCUCCAGGACUACAAGAACCUGCAGGACAUCAUUGCUAUCCUGGGCAUGGACGAGCUCAGUGAAGAUGACAAGAUGGUGGUCGCGCGCGCCCGCAAGAUCCAGAGGUUCCUGAGCCAACCCUUCUUCGUGGCUGAGGUCUUCACUGGCUCGCCAGGGAAGUACGUGGACCUGAAGGAGAGCAUCCAGGGCUUCAAGGGUAUCUUGGACGGCAAGUACGAUGACCUGCCCGAGCAGGCCUUCUACAUGGUUGGUGGCAUUGAGGAGGUGGUGGCUAAGGCCGAGAAGAUGGCCAAGGAUUACGAGAAGUAAGGAUUACGAAAUGUCCUUAUCCAAGAUGGCAUUUGAGAAACCGACGGUGCUCUUGCCGAUUGAAGUCUCAAUUUAUGGGAAAGCAGGACGGUGGAGAUAUCAGGGCGAAGGUCGAAGCUUUCAGAGUCUGUUUUUUGAUUUCUAGACGUAGUCGGAGAGACUCAGAGCGGGUCAGAACAGACUCCUCCAUCCCGUUCAACAUCUUCAACAGGAUGCCAUGUCAAAUAUAGUCUUCAUAGUGACGAGACCUUUCUGGCAUGCACCGUUUUACCAGUUCUUUGGCAGCACCAGUUCCUCUGCUGCACUGUGAGACGCCGUGCCAUGUAAACGUAUUGGCACAUCAUUUGGAAGCCAUCCUGCCAACCAGUCACCCAUGCACGCAGUAUGCCUAACCACAGCAAAUAAUGGCCCACGG